GAGGUCUAUUUUAGUGAGGCAUUUGCAUAGGCAUUAGAAACUAUAAAUCUGAACGAUUCUUCUUUCCUCCCUCGACCAGUUCAUACUGUCCUCCGUCUUUCCUCCUCGAAACAGGUCCCAUAAAGAACAAUGGGUGAUGCACCGAGAAAACCCAAGAUUUCCUCAGGUCGUCGGCUAGGCCUGAAGAUUAGGAUGUUAAACACAGCCCAAGAGAUGCUGAUAUUUGAGAAGGAGGAGAAGAAGAAAGAGAGAGACUGCGUCCUGAGUGAAAGGGUUCCACCAUUAAAGUUCUCAGGCCUGUCAGUCCGGGAGCUACAGGACCUUUGCAGGGAUCUCCAUCACAAGAUUGAUGUCGUUGAUGAGGAGCGGUAUGACAUUGGAGUAAAGGUGGCAAAAAAUGACAAGGAGAUACAAGACAUGAGUCAGAAGAUCUUUGAGCUGAAGAGCAAGCUGAAAAGGCCUGCGCUAAAGAGAGUGAAGAUUUCGGCUGAGGCUAUGCUCAGUGUCCUUCUGGGCUCCAGGCACAAAGAGUCCUUUGACUUCAAGGCCAAUCUAAAAACAGUGAAGAAAGAGGAAGAGAAGAAAGAAGAGGUGACUGACUGGCGUAAGAACGUGGAGGCCAUGUCUGGCAUGGAGGGCAGGAAAAAGCUGUUCGAUGCUGGUGGACAGUAAAUGGUCACUGAUGAACUCUGUAUAAGCCUGUACCUGACCACUGACUGCUGCAGAGAACAAGAGAGAUGGAAAAAGAAUGUUGAAAACAUUUUCAUGAAAAAUCGAAAAAGAACUAAAUAACAAAUUUUUGUUCCUGUUGCUGUGUUAUUUUUUCUACUUUCUAAGGCAUUAUCUUGACAUUGUUCAUUUUCCACACUGAGCACUACAAGAGAUUGAUGUUGUACAAUUCUGCCUUGAAAUCUAGUGGUAUAACAGAUUAUAGUAGUAGAACACCUAUGCUUUUAUUGCUAUAACCUGAGCUGACCAUUGUUUAGUCAAAAUACACAAAAGCUUCAGCAGCAAAAUAUGGACACUUGCAGUAGACCUUAUAAUAUUACAUGAAUACUUGAAAUAUUAAAAUUU